AUGAGUGCGACGGGGCAGCAGCACGGGGGGGUCCUGCGCUCCCGGCGGGGGCUCAUCCGGGAACCCGGACCGGGCACCGGCGUGGAGGCGAGCUGCUGGCUGGCGCCCGGAGUGCUGCGUAGGUUGGUCGAGCUGCCGUCUCCCCCCCUCUCCAGGCAUCAGCUCAAAAGGCUGGAGGAGCACCGGUACAGCAGUGCCGGAUGCUCACUGCUGGAGCCUCUGAUGCAGCGUUACUGGGAGUGGCUGGUGGCUCGCGUCCCCGCCUGGAUCGCGCCUAACCUCAUCACCAUCGUCGGCCUGGCCACCAACAUCUUCACCACCUUGGUGUUGGUCUACUACUGCCCCACCGCCACAGAGCAGGCUCCGCUGUGGGCAUACCUGAUGUGCGCAGUCGGGCUCUUUGUGUACCAGUCGCUUGACGCCAUUGACGGGAAACAGGCCAGGCGCACCAACAGCAGCUCUCCACUAGGGGAGCUAUUUGACCAUGGUUGCGACUCCCUCUCUACAGUGUUCGUGGUGUUGGGAACGAGCAUCGCCGUGCAACUGGGCACCAACCCCGAUUGGAUGUUCUUCUGUUGCUUCGCCGGCAUGUUCAUGUUCUACUGCGCCCACUGGCAGACGUACGUGUCGGGAACGCUGCGAUUCGGCAUCAUCGACGUGACCGAAGUACAGCUUUUCAUCAUAAGCAUGUACCUGCUAGCCGCCGUGGGAGGCUCCGCCUUCUGGCAGUCACUGAUUCCAAUUGUGAACGUCCAGGUGAAAAUGAUUCCUGCCGUUUUCACGUUUCUAGGAGCGAUUUUUUCCUGUACCAACUACUUCAGGGUUAUUUUCACUGGAGGUGUCGGGAAAAACGGCUCUACCAUAGCCGGAACCAGCGUGCUGUCUCCCGUGCUGCACAUCGGUUCCGUCAUCGUUCUGGCCGUGAUGAUUUACAAGAAGUCAGCCGUUCAGCUUUUCGAGAAACACCCGUGUCUUUACAUCCUGGCCUUUGGCUUCGUCUCUGCCAAAAUCACCAAUAAAUUAGUCGUAGCACACAUGACAAAAAGCGAGAUGCACCUGCACGACUUGGCCUUCCUGGGACCGGGACUCCUCUUCCUCAAUCAGUAUUUCAAUAGUUUUAUUGACGAGUACCUGGUGCUGUGGAUCGCGCUGGCGCUGUCGUUGUUGGACUUGGUGCGUUACUGCGUGAGCGUCUGCAACCAGAUCGCCGGUCACCUUCACAUCUUUGUCUUCAAGAUCAAGCCUUGCUCGCUGCACUGA